AUGGAAUACCAACAAACCUUGCCUAUCGAUAAGCUCCAACACUCGCCCGCCGAGUCUCUUAUGUCGAUUCCAGGGGACAGCUUCACAUCACUGUUCGACGUCACCACGCCCAGUGCCACUUCAACCAUGAACCCAAUGGAGAUGAUGACCCCCAAGUCUUUCACAGACGACCAGAUCCCUUCAUCUCUUCCUCAGAUUAAGCAGGAGGAGGACAUGUCAACUCCAUCACCAUCUCCUGCCCCUGAGAAGAAGACAACCAAGAAGCGAAAGUCGUGGGGUCAGGUCCUUCCUGAGCCCAAGACAAAUCUCCCACCUAGAAAACGAGCGAAGACUGAAGACGAAAAGGAGCAGCGCCGCGUUGAGCGUGUUCUUCGAAACCGCCGCGCUGCGCAGUCUUCUCGUGAACGCAAGAGACAAGAGGUGGAGGCUCUUGAAAAGAGAAAUCAGGAGCUCGAACAAGCCGUCAUGGCGGCCGAACAAGCCAACGCUAAACUUAUGAUGGAACUCGAGCAGAUCCGACGGUCUGGAGCUGUCUCAUACUCCCCCUCGGUUUUAGACUCUUUCCGAGUCAACCCUUCACUAUCACAGGAGCUUUUUAGCUCCCAGCACACCCACGAACCUAUCGAAGGAUUAGUGUCCUCCAACACCACUGUCGACCCUACAGCACUUUCCCCCGUUUUGUCACCAGUGGCUGAAAGCUCCGAUGAGACUGCCGACCAAGAGCCAUCAAAUGAGGCCAAGCCGGAACUGACUGAAAGCACCUCUCCCGACCUGACACAACUGUCACAAGUCGGCGGAGAUGCCCAAGUCGUCCCUAGUGCCGCCAACCUCGAUGCCGCCAACCUCGGCCUGGCUCCCGCCCUUCCAGGUGAUGCUGCUUUCAGCCUUGGCAACUCUGACCUUCUGCCAACGUCCCUUGACGCAGAUCGCUAUGUCCUUGAAAACGGGUAUCUCUCUUCAUCCGACUCCUCAAUUAUUGGCGACGAUAAUAUGGUUGGUGACGCUCCCGCGUUCAACCUCAACGACGACUUCGACAUCAGCCUCUGGCUCAACGACGACAGUGCCAUCUCCCCAGAGUCUAUGGCAACGAGCGACUUCGCCGCUGCGAUCCAGGGCCUCGAGCCCAAGAUCUACGAACCUGAGAAUCAAGUCUCUUCGGAAAAUCCUAUCCAGCAGCCCCAUCCUGGCGCGUCCACUCAAGGAUGCGACGUUGGUGGCAUUGCGGUUGGUGUCUGA